AUGAACGAGGAUGAUGAAAUUUUAGCUCAUUAUGGACUAAAGAGCUUUCACCAAGACUACUGGACAGAGAAAAGCGAUUUAGAUCUGAGAGGUCAGCCAGCUCCGUUGUCAAGUCCUUUAGACUCAGCGCAUCAUGGACGCAAUCGUUCUGACGAUAUACUUCAAACGACAGGCUCAGGGUCUGAUCCUUAUUAUCCGAAUGGUGUACAGGGAAAUCCGGUAGCCCAUUCAGCAAUGAAAAGGAGUCAAACGAGUGCAAUGCCAUCUAUGACUAUUCCAAUGAUGGAAAGAAGCAAAUAUGAUUCUGCAUCUUCAAAUUGGAGUCGAGGAUCGCCUUCUGCAGUCGUUGGUAUGAACGGCAAAGUGCAAACCAAAAAGCCUUCAAAUGGGUCACGCCUGCUUUUAGGUCUCAUGGAGACAAACUUUAACAAGUUUAUUGCAACGAAGGAAACAAUUGAUAACGUUUAUGCACAGAUCGUAUCUACGCUUGGCGAACACGGUCAGUUGAAUACAAUGGAAAUAUGUGAGGAAAGUCUUAAUGAAGCAAUCAAAGAAUUUCACGGACUUGAUGAUGAAUCUAUGAAGCAAUUGGAUGUAGACUACGGAAAACUUCUUGUCUUACAACAAUGUAAAGUUUUUUAUUCCCUUCCCGAAAAAUUUCGGCAGUUUUAUGAACAGGAAAAAUACUCAAAAUUGUUACAGGAGUACAAAAAAGCCAAAAUCGUUUAUGAAAAAGAACAUGACCGAGCAUUACGAAACAAUAAACCUUUGGCUACCCUAAUGGAGCAUGCUUGGCAUGUUGCUCAAUCGUCCCUCGACAGUCUUGCUUCUUCCAUAUGGAAUCGUAUCUUACAUACAGAAGGAGAUUUUUCUUACAUUAUUGAGUCCUUAUCAGAUUUGUUAAAAAUAAAGUCAAAUCCCAUAAGUGGUCGUGAUCCUGUUUUGUAUGCCAUGGUAAGCCAGCAAAAACACCUUUAUACGUUUAUGAAAGAGAAGUUUUCCUAUUAUGAGUCUCUUAUUAAACUUCGACAAGACGAAUCCGGGAAAUUUGCCUAUGCUCAAGCUUCCCUCAUGCUAGUUUGGAAAGCCGUGUCUAGAGGUGGUGAUUUGGACUAUGCCUUGAGGGGCAGACCGGAGGUAUUUGCCGGUAUGCAAUUAAUCGAGUGGGCAAGCGUUUGCGUUGGAGCGAUUACCCAAGAAAUCAAAGAAAUAGAGCUGCUAACUAAGGAGUUUUUGGCCGGGACAAUACAAAAAGAUUAUCCAGAAGAUGCCAAACGAUAUGGUCAUGAUCCAAAACAAAUGGGAGUCAUUGUAGAAAAGCUAAAUAGUCAAUUCACAGAAUUGCUAUACAAUUUUGUUGGAGAACGCGGAGAGCGAUUAGAGUUGGACGGAGCAAACGUAUUGAUUCAGUUGCAUUACUUUCAACGAGUGGCCGAUUUACUUCCAAAAAAAGCUCGCCCCAUUUUUAGCAUGGCCGCAACGCGUUCUCUCGUGGAUACUUGGAUUUUACAACAUGUAACUCGUGCACAGACACCGGAUCUUUCCAGUUUGUUUAUCUUUAAAGGCACUGAUAGUCAGUACUUGAGACCAGAACUGCUAAUUAUCGAUAUAUUAAAAGGUUUAGAACACCUAUACCAGGCUCCUCAACGUGACGAGAUUAUUAAGGAAAUCCAUGAAGCAUUUUAUAAAGUGCUGUAUACGGCGGCAUACGUUCCAGCAAUUGAUACAACAACAGCUUCGAACUUCGCGGACUGGGACUCCAGUUUAACUACCCUCAUUGAUAGCUGUGUUGAGAAAACGCAACACCGGAAUGCGGAAGAAUUGACUUCCCUUGUACUGACAAUGCGAAAGAAAUUUCCCAUUUUGUCAUUUUGCCUUUUCAAAGAAGACAUUUUUGACAUGACAAGUCGUAUCUUUACUAUCAAAGAGCGUUUACCAUCUCUACAAACGUACCUUAUUCAUAGCUUUCCAUUGAAUCAGACGGCUCCUUCGCUCGAGCACACAUUUCAUGAUUCCCUUGGGACUCUCAUGCAAUUAUACACAAUCAUCCUUUUACAAGAGAUUAUGUCUUCGCAAUGGUUGACCAAACAAACACGCGUUUCUUCUAAUGCGAACUCAAUUCAUGCGUUUACGUUUGAAUUAUGCACCCUGCUGGAACGUGUAUAUCUGGAAGUGAAGGAAGCGUUGCCUGCAAAGGAAGCCCAUCGAUGGAUGUCUUUUGUAACAUCGAGUCUAACCAAGUUUUUCCUUGUCCAGUGUACAACAGCAGCGCUUCAAGACCUUCCUGUAAUUAUUCAAAUAUUGCAAAGAUGUGUGUCGUCUCCCGUUAUGUCCAAGCUACUAGAAAUACAAAAGAGUGAUCCAGUUGUCGAUUCACCGGCAACAGAACAAAAACUUACGAAUUUACUAUCACGAUACAAAUUUCAAUUUCCAGAAAUGAGCUUUUCAUAA